CUACUCUUUCAUCCCUCCUCUUGCCUGUUCGUUUUCUCUCAGAUUCCGUCAAAACUUCGCUCGCCGGCUCUUUUGUCAAACCUCUGCAAAACCCACUUCUCCACAAGCCCCAGCAACCAUUCUUUCUGCUCUUUCUUCCACCUCCGAUUCUGAUCUGUUGCUCUAAACGGACUUUCCCCCUGGGCAUGUUAAGGACCCUCAAGCAUCUCAAGUGAUACUAUUCUCCAUAUUGGAAUGGGUACAUAUCUGAGCACUCCUAAAACUGAAAAGUUCUCGGAAGAUGGCGAGAAUGACCGUGUCAGAUAUGGUUUGUCGUCCAUGCAAGGAUGGCGUACCACAAUGGAGGAUGCUCAUGCAGCAUAUCCUGAUCUGGAUGCAUCCACCUCAUUCUUUGGUGUUUAUGAUGGCCAUGGAGGCAAGGUAGUUGCUAAGUUCUGCGCAAAAUAUCUUCACCAACAAGUACUCAAGAAUGAAGCAUAUGCGGCUGGAGACAUAGGAACUUCUGUCCAGAAAGCUUUUUUCAGAAUGGAUGAAAUGAUGCGUGGACAAAGGGGUUGGAGAGAGUUGGCUGUUUUGGGAGAUAAGAUAAACAAGUUUACUGGCAUGAUAGAAGGGUUAAUUUGGUCUCCCAGGGGCAGUGAUGGUAAUGAUCAAGCUGAUGAUUGGGCUUUUGAGGAGGGGCCUCACUCUGAUUUUACUGGUCCAACUUCUGGGAGCACUGCCUGUGUUGCAAUUCUUCGAAACAAGCAACUUUUUGUGGCGAAUGCUGGUGAUUCUCGUUGUGUGAUAUCAAGGAAGGGUCAGGCAUAUAAUCUGUCAAGGGACCACAAACCUGAUCUUGAGCUUGAGAAGGCGAGGAUUUUAAAAGCUGGUGGUUUCAUCCAUGCAGGACGAGUCAAUGGAAGUUUGAACCUUGCAAGAGCUAUAGGUGACAUGGAAUUCAAGCAGAAUAAAUUUUUGCCAGCUGAAAAACAAAUCGUAACUGCAUGUCCGGACAUAAACACUGUUGAGCUUUGCGAUGACGAUGAAUUUAUUGUGCUAGCAUGCGAUGGCAUCUGGGACUGUAUGUCUAGCCAGCAAGUGGUAGAUUUUGUACAUGAACAACUACUGUCUGAAAGCAAGCUAUCUGCGGUGUGCGAGAGAGCCCUUGAUAGGUGUUUGGCGCCAUCGACUGCUGGUGGUGAGGGAUGCGAUAACAUGACCAUGAUCGUGGUGCAGUUCAAGAAGCCCAAACAGUCGACUGAGUCUGAGGGUGGGCAAUCCUCAUCGGCUGAAGAAGCAGCUGGAAGCGAUUCAAACGGAAGUGAUUCAAAGGCAGAUGAAAGUGAAUCGAAGUAGUGGCCCGCUGUGUACCAUGAAACUAGUAGAGAGAUUUGCAUCACGUUUUUACUCUCAGAAGAAAUGUGAAUCUCAGAUUGGUAAUUGUAGAUUGUUUAGCCUGGAAAAAACAGGAAAACGAAUGGAUCAUUAGCGAUUUAGAUAAAACUCGUUUUUGUGCUCUUCGAUGUUUGUUUUUUCGGUUGAAACACACGUUGAAAUAGUAUGUACAGAUUAUAACAAAGUACCACCAGAGUGUUUGAAUGUAAUCUUAAUAUAUCCUUGAGCUGUUCAAGUA